AUGGUUCUCGCAAAAUCCAAAAACACCGUGGGGUUGGGCAAUAGUCUUAUGAACGAUCGAUUCGGACGAGGCAAAGCAUCAGCGCAGAAAAAAGUAUCCCACAAUGCCGCCAUUGCACGAAAGAACCAGAGCGGUGAGACGUACAUUACAAACGCUGCAAAAGAGGCAUCAUGGGUGAAAAUGAGAAGUAUUACCGAGCAAGCCGCUCUCGACGAAUUCCUUAGCACGGCCGAGUUGGCAGAUACGGAUUUCACCGCGGAGAAGAUCAAUAACGUCAAGAUUAUACAUGCCGAUCAAAAGAACCCAUUCUUGCUGUCAGCGGCGGAGGAACGUUUUGCUGUGAAGAAACAACAGAAGAAUAAAGAGCGUUUGACCAUUCCCAGACGGCCGAAAUGGGACUCGAGUACAACACCACAGGAAUUGGAUUCUAUGGAAAGGCAGUCUUUGCUCGAGUGGAGAAGAGGAUUGGCCGAACUACAAGAGCACAAUGAUCUUUUAAUGACACCAUUUGAACGAAAUGUGGAGGUUUGGAGACAAUUAUGGCGUGUUAUUGAACGAUCAGACCUGAUUGUGCAAAUUGUUGAUGCAAGGAAUCCUCUACUUUUCCGCUCAGAGGAUUUGGAAAAGUACGUCCAGGAAGUAGAUCCCAAGAAAAGGAAUCUUUUGCUCGUGAACAAGGCCGAUAUGAUGACCUUGGAACAGCGUGAGCUGUGGGCGGAUUACUUCGAAGAGCACGGCAUCAGUUACCGUUUCUUCUCGGCUCAUUUGGCCAAGGAGCGUAAUGAGGCACGUCUACUUGAGGAGGAUGAGCUUUCAGAAGAAGGAAACGAUGAUUCUGCUGAGGAUUUAGCUGAAGAAACCGAACGAAAAAUGAACCUUCAAGAGAAACAACUUGACGACAAAGAAUUGUCGAGCGAAGAGGAAAUUGAUGACGAAACGCAACCAGCCAAGGCUGAAAGCGACUUGAGGACUCGAAUCCUUGAUGUCGAAGAAUUGGAGGAACUAUUUUUGGCAAACGCUCCUCAAGUAGAAGAAGGUUCUGAUAAACCACAAAAGGACAAGACAAUCAUCGGCCUUGUCGGUUAUCCCAACGUCGGAAAGUCAAGCACAAUCAAUGCUCUUCUUGGAGCUAAGAAAGUGUCUGUUUCCGCAACACCCGGUAAAACGAAGCAUUUCCAGACCCUCUACCUCUCACCCAACCUACUUCUUUGUGAUUGUCCCGGUCUUGUGUUCCCUAACUUCGCCAGCACAAAGGCUGAGUUGGUCGUCAAUGGUAUCCUUCCCAUUGAUCAAUUGCGUGAGUUUACAGGUCCAGCUGGACUUGUGGCGCAUCGUAUCCCGAAACAUUUCUUGGAAGCAGUCUAUGGUAUGAAGAUCUACACACGACCUGUUGAGGAAGGUGGAACCGGAAUACCAAAUGCAAACGAACUUCUGCGAGCCUAUGCUAGAGCUCGAGGAUUUGCAACGCAAGGCUUGGGUCAGCCCGAUGAAUCUCGUGCGGCACGUUAUAUUCUCAAAGAUUACGUGAACGGAAAACUUCUCUACUGCCACCCACCCCCAGCCACAAAAACAGGAGACGAAGACACCGAAGGCACUCCAGUCGUUGAUCCCGCCGAGUUCAACCACGAUUUAUAUAAUCUCGCCCAUCUUCCCGAAAAGAGACGUGCACAGCUACUUAAAGCCGGCGCCAGCGAAGCAGGCCUCGAUAACCUUGACGAUAUAGUCUCUUCCUUCUCCGAAAUCACUGCACCCUCACAAACCUCAUCAGCAGCAAUCCCAGAAGUAGGACCUCGAUCUCAACGUCUGGACAAGGGAUUUUUCGGCCCUGGCUCAGGCCGCUCAGCGGGCCAUCAGACCAUGCCGUUUAACUAUAAAUAUUCGCAACAGGGGAAAGCAAAGCAACUCACUGGUCGCAAGGAAAAGGCCAUGAUUGCUCUAGAGAAGAAUAUUGAUCCGUCGGAAGUUAAGGGUUUGAUGAGUUCUUCGAAGAAGCAUUUUAAGGGUGGAAAGAAGACGCAUAAGAGUAAUAAAGGGAAAGCACCACUGGGUGUCGGUGCUGAUGAUUAUGAUGGGUAUUGA